AUAAUACACAGAGAGCAAUUUAAUGGCUCAUAGGACCACUGCCCGAUUGAUAAAUAGAGAUAAGACUGCUACCCGAUUGAUAGAUAGAGAUAAUAUCCACAGAGCAGAGAAGAGCAGCUGUGUGUAACUGUGUAUAAGCGAGAUGGAUGCAGAUGAAAUGGCGAAGACGUUUGUUAAGCAGUACUACUCAGCAUACGAUGACGAUCGUUCGAAUCUGGGGGUUUUUUAUCGGGAAGCUUCGAUGUUGACUUUGGAAGGUCAGAAGAUUCAAGGCCCCGUCAAUAUCGUUGCUAAACUUACUUCUCUCCCAUUUCAGAAGUGUAAACAUGGCAUCACUACUAUUCAUUGCCAGUCUUCUGGUCCUGCUGGUGGUACCCUUGUUUUUGUCGAUGGGCUUCUGGAGGUCGAUGGCCAAGAGUAUGCUCCUAUGUUUAUUCAGAUGUUCCAUUUGAUGCCUGUGCCUAAUGCAUCAACGGGAAGCUAUUAUGUGUUGAAUGACAUAUUCAAGAUGGAUUACGCUUGAAGCUAGCUGGACAAGAUUUCAGAGAGUGGACUCGUAUUCAGUUUAAUAUUUGUGAUCAGAUUCAGUUUUAUUACGUACUCUAAUAAGUAAAAAACUGAGAACUGGUGAAGAUUUCAGUUUUUUUUUCGUGAUGAUUAUUGUGGUUGUGCUCUCCUGAGUCGAGAUUUUUAUCCUUUUGAUUCAA